GCAACCAAAGCUGGUUUGGCAACCAGCAAUCUGGUAACAAAACGUAAACAACUUUGUAUCGUACUCUUUGUCUUGCACCGAGGCCGUAGAUCAAAGACUGUGCUAUUGGACUCUAUUAAACCUAUGCCUUUAGGUCCUGUGAUUUUUUAAUUAUUUAUUAUCAUAAUUUAAACAACCUGUAACAUGGAGAUCUUAGUGAAAUGGUUAAAAAAUCCUACCUCAAGCAAAGUUUCUAUAGAGAAAUUAAUCGGUGAAUUUAAUAGAGAAAUUGAAACCAUCGAGUCAUCUAUACGGGAUAAAUUAAAUGUUCGUGAUGAAGAACAGUUCCGUGAUUGUUUCCAAGAGAUUACAAAAUUCUUGGGGAACCUGAAUAAUUCAAUAGAUCAAGCAAAUGAUCAGUUAAAAAAUUUUGAAGGUGAUACGGCAGUUAAAAUAAGAGAGCUUAGAGAUUUGUUAACUCAACGCAAUAAACAACUCCAGGAAGCUGCUUCUAAAAUGGCUGCGGAUGGUGAUUCUGUUAAAUUGAAGAGUGGCGAUUUUCUCGAAGAAGAUGCAGGUAAUGAAGUUAAUCCUGAUAUCGAAUCAAGUGAUAAUCCAUCACCACUCUUAAGAUCAUCAAGUCCUGUUGAUGAAGAAGAAGUGCGCCAGGUUGAAUUGACUAAAAAAAUUGCUGGAGAUUGUAUUAUCAGAGCUCGAAAGUUGGUUUGCUCUGAUUUAUUCCCUGUUAUUAAUGUCGGUGACGAUGCGUCGAAUACAAUUCAAUCAAAUAGCCCGACAAUCAAUCAAAGUCUUUUCUCGUUUCCUGUUUGUCAGGUCAGCCAAAGUAUCUAUGAUUUGGCUCUAAUGAUUAAACAGAUGAUGAUAGAUGCUCGUAAUCGGACAGAAUACGAAGAACGAUAUUGCUUCUAUCAAGCUAUUAGAAGUAUCCUCGAACUUUAUCUAAUUAGUUGUCAAAUUAAUCAUCAAAAAAUGAUCAGUGAAUUUCCUAAAUAUGCCGCUGUUUUUCAUAACAAUUGCCUAUUCAUUGCACACCAAUUAACAAUCCUUCCAAUGUACUAUGGUUUAUGGGAAAGUGAUAAAUUCAUCGUAACCUUUAUCGAUUUAAUCCCUGCUAUAAAAGAAUCUGCGUACGAUACAAUAAUUGAUUUAAUGAAAAAACACAAACAAAUAAUAAUGGACUUCUUUGAGGAUUCUUCUGUGACGGAAGCACUGAAAGCUGCAUCAGGUGAAGAUGCAAAUAGUAAACAAUCUUUGACACCGUUCUAUAAGGCUUUAAAAAAAGGUCUUACUCAUAUAAAUUUGAUUAAAACUUCACUUCUUGAUGUCCUUCCAUCAUCUGUGUGUAACAAAUUAAUAGGAACCUUGGUUAAUUGCAUGGUUGCCGGUAUAAUUAGUUCAAUAUUGAACAUGGAAGAUAUACCAGCGUAUACAGCUACUAAACUUGAAGAUAUCUUAAAUGGAAUCACAAAAGAUAUUGAUCAAUUGAUGGAAAAUUUUUCUCUUCCUUAUGGACAAAUUUUACCGAAAUGGUUACAGUUUCAAGAAAUUAAAAUAAUACUCCAAGCUAGUCUAAAAGAUAUUGUUGAUAGAUGGUCGGAUGGAAAUGGACCUCUUGCUGCAGCAUUUACUCCAGAAGAAGUCAAAAGUUUGAUCAGGUCGUUAUUCCAAAAUACAGAUAGGAGAUCAGCGGCUUUAGCUAGAAUUAGAUGAUUUUGGAUUAAAAUGGAAAUGGGUCGGCUAUUUAUGAAGAGAAAUCGACUGCAAAUUUUAUGUCUGGCGUUCCGGUUAGGCGUAAUAAAUGCUUAAACAUAACAAAUAUGAUUGAUGUUCAAGUUUUCUACGAAAAUUGCAAUUAAAUACAUUUAAUUUUAA